AGGCAGACAGGUCAUGCAUGACUGAGGUGGAUGAGGAGAUCUUUGAAUCCAGCAGCCUGGCAUGGGUGAACAACUUGUUGCGGGCCCUUUGGCCGAAUGCCACUGUAGCACUGAUGAACUUUGUGAACGAGGAUCUGACAGCAAAGCUUCAGCGGGAUUUGCCGAAGCCUUUCAAGAGCACGCGCUUCACUCGAUUCUCGCUGGGAGACGGAGUGCCAGCCUUUGGGCCCAUAGAAGUCAGCAGACAUUCGGAUAGCCAUGUUUUGAUUGAGUUCGAGGUGCGCUACUCCAGCGCAGUGGACAUCUUAUUGACCGCGGCUGGCCUGGCACUGGGAGUCAAGCGCCUCGAUUUCUCUGGACGGCUUUGCUUGGAGCUGAAACCCUUGCUAGACACCUGGCCAGUCGUUGGAGCCGUGGUAGUUUACUUUGCCACGCAGCCGAAGAUCGAGUUGCAGUUUACCGGACUUGUUGAUGCCCCGCUGCCCGGGAUUGCCAAGCAGGUGCAAGCUGCAGUCCAUGGGCUUUUGGGUCGCUUGGUGCUCCCGAACUUCAAGUGCAUGCAGAUCACCGGCGAGGGAAUGGCCACGUCUCUGGCGAUCGGCACACGCGAGCCCAUGGGGAUUCUGAAGGUGCAGGUGUGUCGGGGCACCCACCUAGCAGGCGCAAACUGGAAGCUUGGACAAGUGCGAAGCUUUACCUCCAACCCCUACUGUAUCCUGCGUCUUGGCACAGCUGCAGUGCGCACCUGCACUGUGAAAGGCACCACGAAUCCCGACUGGCCAGAAACAGAGGCCGCCUAUUUCGUGGUCUACAACAAGGAGCAAGAGCUUCAGAUCGAUGUGAUGGAUGACGAUUCGUGCAGCUUUCUGCAGCGAAACUUUGUCGGGCUCCUCGGGAGCCUGCGGAAAAGCGUGAGUCAGUUGCUGGAGGCGACCCCGGGUCGCUUUGCACUGGACACCUCGCAGGUGAAGUCGGGCCUGCUGCAUGUGGAUGACCCGGUCAACACAGGCGUCCCUUCAGAGCUUGACUUGAAAUGCAAGUGGCUGGCCUUUGCAGACCUCCAGGCCAAAAGGACGGAUGAAUGGAGGGAAGAGGAGCCGCAUGGAGUGGUGCUGGUCCAGCUUCGGCAGGGGACUGGCUUUCCAGAGGAGGCUGUGGGACGCAAGGGCCUGCGGUGGAAAUGCUGGUUAGAUGAGGGCGCAGUAGUGCUCAGCUCUGGUGGCAAGCCACCAGGACAUCCCGACUUUCAAAUCCCUUUGCCGCAGUGCCUCUACCACGUCAUUGAUCAGCUCACAGCGCGGGGUGUGCCGUCAGCAGAGAUCGCCGAGAUCGUGGAGGUGCAGGAGGUGCAGGUGAGCCAGUACUUACGGGCAAAGUCCGACUUCAUGGAGAGCCAGGCCCAGAGGAAGUUGGAGAAUUCUGAGGUGCAGUGUCUGGAGCUUUGCUGGCACGAAACGCUGGCCCUUCUGGUGAAGACUCCGGCAGCACAGGUCCAGCUUAGCCUUUUGGACGGCCACGAUCGGACUGUUGGUCGCUUGGAGCCCAUCUCCGUUCGUCAUGCGAUGUCAGGCCAUCUGGAGAAGGACAUCACUCGCAAGCUUAGCUUUGAGCAAAGUGGCAAUGAGGCGCCGUCCAUGGGUAGACUCUCUGCCUGGAUGUUCCCGGCAUGCACGGCGCCCGUUUUGUCAAGAGACCGAUACCAGGCGGUGCGCAUGCAAGUCUCGGUGCGCUAUAGGGCACUUGCAGGAGCUCCAACAAGCUCCGAAUCGACUUGAGUACGAGUAGUCGUGCUUUGCUCCACGGCCAGCGUGCAGCUCAGCAGAUGACAUGGAGCAGGCCCAGCCCAACCCGCCGAGUGGCCUAAGUCGGCGCUGGAGAUUAACAUUGCCAUCGUGCUAGCACUACCAGGAGGCCACAAAUGGGGUCCGCAGACCCAAUUCCUCUGCCCGCGCCAUGACAAGACUUCGUGCACGAAGAACUUGAUCCUCUGAACUCGCAGCGAG